UUUCUUUUUAACAUGGCGCAGGCUCUGUUGCGGCGCAGGACUUUCUUUCGUCUGCCUCGCAGUUGUCUGCGUGCAGCUGUCACGGCGCUACGUGCAAUUCCUUAUCACUCGUGAAGGUUCAUUGAUUAGGCUGCAUUACGUUUAGUGUAGCCGCUUUCUGAGUAACGUUUUCUACAGCCAGUCUUCAUGACGGCGUGCGUCGAGCGACGGCCACUGACUGCCGGGAACAUGUGGGUAGAAGGGCAUUGACUGUCGUGGCCUCCACGGAUACUCCACGUCGGACUUUCGCGCUUUUGUACAACCUUGCCGUCGUUGCGAGCUGACGGAAGCCGAAUCGUGCGUUGCCAUUCCGGCGUGUCCUCCCCACUUUUCAUGCGGAUUAGUGCCUGCCGUGAGACGAUUUCCACCGCCUCAAGUGCAGGAGACGACCGUUGUGUGCCGUAUGUGCUGAAGUGUGCGAGCGCAGCAUGGUCAGGAAAAAGAAGAAACAUCAAGAGGAUCCAGCGGACGACCUCCUCGAUUCCUCCAGUGACGAAGCAGGAGAUGCAGCCGAAGGUGGUUCAGCAGGCUGCUCUCACCAGCGUGGCUCUGUCGGGUUGCGUCGGCUGCGGCAGCAAGUGCUGCGAAAUGCCGUGCGACUGGACGUCUGCGAUGACUGUGAAAGCAGUGAGGCGCAGCCCGAGACGUGGUUGUGCCUGCAGUGCGGCCAUCGAGGAUGUGGAGGCACGACCAAGCACGGCGUGCGCCACUCGGAGACGCCGCAUUCGGACUCGCAUGCCCUGGCCCUCUCUGGGCAGACGCUGCAACUAUGGUGCUUCCCUUGCAACAACUGGGUGGAGGCCAAUCCACAGGUGACACAAAUAGUGCAGAACCUGAAGAAAAAGAUGGCUUCCAGCAGCAAGAAAGCUAAAGUUACAGCUGCCCAGGUGGAAGAUGAAGAGCCAGCAGCAGAGACCAAUUGCGUUGAUGCUGGAAGUGGGGACACCAAGGAACAGAGGGUUCCUUGUGGCUCCUGGACAGCAGUGAAGGGCCUCAGCAACCUUGGCAACACCUGCUAUUUCAAUGCAGUUCUCCAGAACCUUGGCCAGACACCAUUGUUACAGCCGCUACUAGCCAAGCGAUGUGCUUCCAAACUACAGUGCACCUUUGAACCUGGUUCAACAGCAGAUGGCUCUGAUACACCCGAAUUGGGUACGUUAAAUGUGGAGCUCCCUGGACCUGGCCCGCUGACCAGUGCUCUGGCUCUGUUCCUUCAGGAGCUCCGGGUUGGAACACCUCAUCCAAGGGCUCUGUUCUCCAGGGUCUGCCAAGUGGCACCGCAUUUCCGAGGACACCAGCAACAUGACAGCCACGAGCUUCUGCGCCAUCUGCUUGAAGGAGUGCGUACCGAAGAGGUCAAGAGACAAAAACAAGCGGUGUUGCAAGCCUUUGGACUGAACAGCAAGGUGGACCCAAACAAGGUUGAGCCAGACACCAAGACUAAAAUCCAGGCCUACAAGAAAGCCGUGGCUCGUACACCACUGGAUGACAUAUUUGGUGGAAUCCUGCUCAGCACCAUUGUCUGCCAGCAGUGUGGUAAAGUGUCUCGCAGAGAAGAGCCUUUUCAGGACCUGUCCUUGCCCAUCCCUGAGGAAAAGACACCCCGGGGAAGCGCAGGGGCACACGGCACACCACGUGGCAAAGGGGCACGGCGGAAGGCACUGGAGGGUGGCAGCAGCGCGGCGGCGGCGAAGACACCCAACCGAGAGGCCUUGAGUGGCGGCAGCAUUGACCCAACGGAGGCUGACGAGGAAGACAACGGGUCACCUGGCGAGGAGCAGCUGACGACACAGAUGUCGAGCCUCCACCUGCACGAGCCAGCGGUCACCAAGGGCCCCGCCGAGGGAUCGUUGGAGGCUUGUCUGAGAAGCUUCACAGCACCAGAAUUGCUCGCUGGGGCCAAUGGUCUACACUGCGAGGGCUGCAAGUCGGCACGUGCGGCAGCAAGCCUGCAGCUGCAGGUGUUCAAGACCCCCCGCGUUCUGACGCUCCACCUCAAGCGCUUCCAGCAGGGUGCUACAUUGCGGAAGGUGCAGAAGCAUGUGCCAUUCCCCGUGGAGCUUGACCUGACACCUUUCUGUUGCAGAGAUGCAGAGAUUAAGGCUUCGGAAACCUAUACUCUCUACGGAGUUGUGGAACAUGCUGGCAGGAUGACGGGUGGCCACUACACAGCCUAUGUCCGAGGUGCUGGUGGGAGCUGGUUUCAUGCCAGCGACAGUAGAGUGGUGCCCGCAACACAACAGAAGGUGCUGGCCAGCCAAGCUUACCUGCUCUUCUACUGUCGUGCCGACACAUUGCAAGAAUAAAGAUGCCAAGUCUGCCUGGAAGUUUUAAAAAAGAA